UGCAGUCUGCACACUGGCUGAGGGAGGUUCCGUGUGCUGCGCUGUCACCCGCUACUGGAAGCUGUGAAGAGAACCGGGCGAGCUCACAAUCUGUGUCAUGGCUGUCAAGCUGUGUCCAUAGGUGUUCACAUGGCAGCUCGUAAGGAGAGUCAUGGCAACAGCAUCGCCUCUGAAGGAAAGGCUAUCAGACCCAGAAGAUGGACAGGAAGCCUCUUCUCGUGGAUGCAGUGACCUAUGAGGAUGUCCUCGUGAACUUUAGUGAGGAAGAGUGGGCUUUGCUGGAUCCUUCCCAGAAGAAUCUCUACAGAGAUGUGAUGCUGGAAACCUGGGAGAACCUCACUGCUAUAGGCUACAGAUGGGAAGACCAGAAUAUUGAAGAUCAUUGUCAAAGUUCUAGAAGACAUGAAAGGUAUAUCAUCCGUCACUCUGGAUACAAGCCAUGUGAGCAAAAGAGAUAUGGAAAGGAGCAUUGUAGCCCUGCCUCUCCCCGAAAAAGCUCUGUAGUAGUUCCCACUGUGGGAAGACAUAGUUGUGAUGAUACAAGUAUACAAUUACUUGGAUUUCCAGCUUCAAUAGGAUUACAUCAACAUGGUUACACUGGAGAAAAGCCUUCUGAGUUUACAGAAUGUGGAAAUUCUUCUGUCUGUGCUGGUUCACAUUGCCCAUGUAAUGUGACUCACACUACAAGAAAAUGUUAUGGAUGCAACCGGUGUGGUAAAGCUCCGAGUUCUUCCAGUUCUCUUGAAAGAGGUGAAAAAACUCAUAUGGGAAAAGGUUUCUAUAAAUGUGAGCCAUGUACUAAAGGCUUUAACCAUCAUCAUAGGUAUCUUCAAACACACAGAGCACAUAAUAAAGAAGAACCCUUGGAAUGUAAACAAGGUGAUAAAGCAUUUAGAUCUGAUUCAUCUUUGCAACUACACCAAAAGACUCAUUUGAAAAUAAAACCUUAUGGAUCUAAUCAAGAUUAUAAAGGCUUGGCAUGUCGCAGUUAUCUUCAAGUACCAAGAACUCAUAUUAAAAAGAAACAGUAUAAAUGUCGUCAAUGUGGAAAAACCUUUGCAUGCCACAGUUAUAUUCAAAUACAUGAAAGAAUUCAUACUGGAGAUAAACCCUAUGAAUGUCAUCAAUGUGGUAAAGCCUUUGCAUGUCCCAGUUAUCUUCAAAUACAUGAAAGAAGACAUAUUGGAAAGAAGCCUUAUGAGUGUAAUCAAUGUGGAAAAGCCUUUGCGAGUACUGGUGAUCUUCAAAGGCAUGGAAGAAGUCAUACUGGGGAGAAACCCUAUGUGUGUAGUCAAUGUGGUAAAGCCUUUUCAGAUCCCAGUAAUUUUAAACAACAUGAAAGAAAUCAUACUGGAGAGAAACCCUAUGAAUGUCAUCAAUGUGGUAAAGCCUUUGCAAGUAAUGGUGAUCUUCAAAGGCAUGAAAGAAGUCAUACUGGGGAGAAACCCUAUGUAUGUAGUCAAUGUGGUAAAGCCUUUGCUCGUAACAGUCAUCUUCACAGGCAUGAAAGAAGUCAUACUGGAGAGAAACCCUAUGAAUGCUGUCAAUGUGGUAAAGCCUUUUCAUAUCGCAUUAAUCUUCAAAGGCAUGAACGAAGUCAUACUGGGGAGAAACCCUAUGUAUGUAACCAGUGUGGUAAAUCCUUUUCAUCUGGCAGUAAUCUUCAAAUGCAUGAACGAAAUCAUACUGGAGAGAAACCCUAUGUAUGUAACCAGUGUGGUAAAGCCUUUUCAUCUGGCAGUAAUCUUCAAAUGCAUGAAAGAAAUCAUACUGGAGAGAAACCCUAUGUAUGUAAUCAGUGUGGUAUAGCUUUUAUAUCUCGCAGUAAUCUUCAAAGGCAUGAAAAAAGUCAUACUGGAGAGAAACCCUACAAAUGUAAUCAAUGUGGUAAAGCAUUUGCACAUAAAUAUCAUCUUCACAGUCACGAAAGAGGUCAUACUGGAGAGAAACCCUAUGAAUGUAAUCAGUGUGGAAAAGCUUUUGCUCGUAAUAGUCAUCUUCAAAAUCAUGAAAAAAUACAUACAAGAAAAAAAUCCAAUGAAUGUAGUAAAUGAAGUAAAGUUUGCAUUGCAGAUGAAGACACCAUCCUUUUGGAGGUGCCAGUACCAUGGGAUGCCCACCAAGAUCAUCAGUAUUGUUGAAAUGGAACAACUCAGAGCCUAGAAGAGAAUUUGUGUAUACUGCAGAGGGCAUAGCAAGAGAAGUGACCCGAACACUUUGGCUUAGCUCUGACGGUUAUGGGUGGAUCCCAGUUGUUGGAUGUUAUUUGUACUGUUGGAGUGAGUUUUUGCUUUUCUCAAAUUGUUUCUGCCGUGCUUCUCUCUUGAAGGGAGAAGGUAUUUAAUUUUGAUUUUUAUAUGAGCCAUAGUUGAAAGACUUUGAACUUUUAAAAAAUAUUUUGACUUUUUA